AUGCUAGUCAGAAGAUGUGUAACGCUGGGUCUCACCAAGGGAUGGUCGAGACCGUUCUCUUCCACUCUCAUGUGGAAGGCACCACGGGUGACUAAGGAUCAAGAACGUGCUAAGAAAAGAUACGAAGAAAUGUUGGCUUCUCCCUACAGGUUGAUUCGUUGGGGGGCCGUUGUAAGGUCGGAGGAGUUUUCUAAGGGGAUGACGAAGUGGUUGAUUGUGGCUUAUAUUGCUUUCUUGGUUUAUGGUGUGGAUUUCAUGAAGAAAUUGUAUGCCAAGGAUAAGGAAUUGGAAAAGUUGUUAGAGAAACCAAAUAAGAAUGAAUGGGAAACACUUAGGGUGAAGGAGUUGCAAGGGAAGUUGAGGACUAGAGAUGUGAGUAAAUUGAAGCAGUAUGCUGCUUUGAAAGAGGAACAACCUGAUUUAGAGAAUUUUGAUGGAAUUGUCCUGGAGAAUAAUGAUGAAAAUAAAUUGAAUGAAAUGAUAUUACCUGCUAGAGACACUACAGAUUUCUAUGAACAUAAGGCCGAUGAAUAUGAUAAGAGUAUCUCGUUCGAAGAAAGGAUGAUCGGGUUGGGCAAGAGAAGAAAAUGGGUCAUGAAACAUUGUCACGGUGAUGUUCUUGAGGUUUCAUGUGGUACAGGAAGAAAUAUCAAAUACUUGAAUCCAGAGAAGAUAAAUUCCAUCACGUUUUUAGAUUCCUCGGAGAAGAUGGUAGAAAUUACAGAGAAGAAGUUCAAGGAUAAAUUUGGGUUCUUCAAGAAAGUGGCCUUUGUUGUUGGUUAUGCUGAAAACUUGGUCGAUUUGGCCAAAACAAAUAAUAAGGGAAAGGAGGGGGAAGAUAUAAGAGUGAAGUACGAUACAAUAGUGGAAACGUUUGGUCUCUGCUCGCAUGAGGACCCUGUGAAGGCAUUGAACAACUUUGUCACGUUGUUAAAGCCAGGUGGAAGGAUUAUCCUAUUAGAGCACGGUCGAGGUACCUACGAUUUCAUUAACAAGAUCUUGGACCGCAGGGCAGAGAAGAGAUUAGCCACCUGGGGUUGUAGAUGGAACUUGGACCUGGGCGAGAUCCUGGACGACUCUGACUUGGAGAUUGUGGAAGAGAAGCGUGUCCACUUGGGAACCACUUGGUGCAUUGUGGCGAAGCGCAAGGGAGACGUCAAGAAGAAGGAGGAGAUCGCCUUCAUGGAGAAAUACGUAGGAUCCACGCUGAAGAGCAAGCUGGAGUCAAGCCAGAGUAACAUUAAAUAG